AGCUGUUGUGAAAACAUUGUCAAAGCUUUUAUUUUGUAUGUGUGUGCGAUUUAGGAAUAUUGCGGGACAAUUUUAUUGUGAUUAGUUGCAUUUAACGUUCGCCAACGUUUACUAUAGCUUGACAGCUGACAAGCGGUUGAUGUUUUUCCUAGUUGUCUACAAUGAGCGUGUUUGAAUAAAUUAAAUGAAUAACUUAAAUUGCGCACAAUGUUUUACCUUCUAAAAUAUAUUUUUGCAUUAGGGUUUUUAUUCGCCGAUCAAAUAGUUUUAGUAACAGCGAACAAAGUAGUAAAGCUAUCAUCGAAUGGGCCUAUAGUACAAGGAGGUACAAUAACAUUCGAAGCAAUAGCUUUAAAUAAUGAUGUUCCUGCAACUGGCAAAUUUGAGUUCCUCUGGAAGGACAAUGCCAUCCCCAGUCAUGAGAAGAAAGUGAGUAAGAACUCUCCCAGUGAUGUUUGGAGUGUGCAGUUUGAUUCAAGUUAUCCCAUAGGCACAUAUGAAGUGCAAAUAGAAGUCCAGACAUGCAUAUUCGAUUUCAUCUGCUAUGAUUUUGGAUCCAGCCGGAUGGAUUUUGUAAUAACUGACACAUUGAAUGGCGAAAUGUUGCUAAUCCAGGAUAAUGCCACCAGGCCCAAUGAUUAUGUAUCAAACACACUAACUACAAUUCAUGAAAUUGCUUUGUCUAGAACUGAUGCUGAUUAUAUUAAAAAUGCCACUUCGGUGUUAACUUACUGGUUUGUUGAUUGUGUAUACUAUGGCAUCACCACUAACUUUCAAUUCAAGUACAAUUUCUCAAAAGCUGGGGAGGAACAUCUUGUACAAGCACUAGUUGUGGUUGAUUUCACGCCGCCACCGCCAACAACUACAACAACAACAACCACCACCACCACCACCACCACCACAACAACAACAACAACAAAACCUACAACUACAACAAAAUUUACAACCACUAAACCUACAACAAAAACGCCGACCACCACAACCACCUCAAAGCCUUCAACUACAAAGAAACCUGGAUCAUUGCAGGCUUUGGAGCCCAAGAAAUUAAUAAAAAGGAAUGCUGUAGCCCAAGGAAAGCAAAAUAUAAUGCAGAUGGUUAAUGGAAAACUGGUACACUAUGAUGGGGAAUUUCCGUUUGUGUGCAAUUCAACCAGAAUAGGAAGGGACCCACAUCUCACCUAUGGAUUUUUCUACAAAAGAAUCAGAUCUGAAGCUCCAAUUUCGAAAAUCAACGUGUCAGGCAACAACUGGCUGCAGCAGGGUUCGAUGAUGCGUCUGGAUGUGAAGUGCACGGACACGCCGAACAUGCAGUUAUGUAUAAACUAUUACGAGGGUAAGAGGAACGUCAGCAAUAACGAGACGUGCAAUCACUUCCGUAAUCUCACCACCUGCGACUUCUCCAUCGAGAAGUACUAUGCGGUCACCCACACCGUGGUUAUUGUCAUCAAAAAUGAUGUCAGCAGAGUUGUCACGCCAGUCACAGUGACCAUAUACAAAGAACACGUGCAGGCACAGUUGUCUGUGAUUGUGGUUCCGGUGGCGUUCAGUUUGGUAGCCGUAGUUCUGAUCGUGUUUGGAGUGGCGUACUACAUCCAGAACCGGUCUAGGUUCCUGGUGGAAGUUGCCGAUUUCAAUUUCGGCCAACAGUACAGCGAUACGGAUUACAAGACGUUCCGAGAACGUCUGAGAGAUUCGUUAAGUGAAGCUUUCAGCAGAAAUCCCAGUCCCAGUUCGGCGGACGCUCCAGUUUGGCCACCAGGCCAAAAGUAUGAUAGGAUGCCGUAAAAUUAGAUGGCAACGUAACAUGCAAAUAAUCCAUAUUGUGAUUUAUAAGUUUCUGCUUCUGUUUUACUAUUGCUUCUGAUCUGAUUGAUAACGUUUAGGGAAUAGAAGGAGAAAAUUGUUUUUAAAUGUAGUUACGCGUAUUUUACUCUUAUUGUUAAGCUUACACUUACAGAAUGUUUGUUGAAUUUUAUUUUUUAUAUGUUGGAAGUGAUAGAUGAUGGACUGGAUAUUGUAUAAAUAAUUAAUAAAAAUAUUAAUUUUUA